AUGUCCGCCGACGACUAUAAAAACUUUCCGCCAGGGACUCAUUUGUUAGAAGACCAUAACAGCAGUAGAAACGAGAAGAAAGAACUUGUUCUCAAUCCUGCACCUUCAGCUGACCCCGAGGACCCAUUGAACUGGUCUACCCUGAGAAAAGCAGUGAACUUCGGACUCACUUGUUCAUACGUCGUAUUUACUUUUGUUCUGCUCGAUGUCGGUACCGUCGCAAACAGGAGAUACGAAGAUUACCUGCACUUGUACAUGAAGGCCUUCAAUAAAGCCAGCGGCGCCUCAUACGCAGGUCUCGCGAUAGGCGCUCUUAUCUUCAUUCCCUGUGUGCAUAAAUUUGGUCGACGGCCUGUUUACCUUAUAAGUGCAGUGCUUGAGUUUGCAUCUGCAAUUUGGUACGCGAAAUUCAAGUCCGAAGGUGAAAUGAUUGUCAUUGGGUUGCUAUCUGGUCUAGCAGGCUCGACUUGUGAAGCCAUCGUGAUGAUUACCAUUGUCGAUCUGUUCUUCCUGCAUCAGCACGCUCGCAUGAACGGUAUCUUCAUUCUCAUGCAGACCCUGGGCACACUGGGUGGCCCCAUCGCUGCGGGAUAUAUUAUAGUAAAUAUGCAAUGGCGAUGGAUGUGGUGGAUAACCGCCAUCUUUCUGGGUGCCAAUCUGCUGCUGGUUCUAUUUUUUUUUGAGGAAUCCAAGUACGUUCCGCGAUCGGGGCCGAUUGGGAAUAACCAACGUGCAGAUGCCGUUGGCGCGUUAUCAAAAUCUGAUAGUGGAGAGAUAUCCUCUGACCCACAUAUGGAAUCCCAGACUUACUACUCUCGCAAAACAUAUCUUCAACGCCUUGCACUGGUGACGAAGACCGACGGCCCGAUGCUCCAGAACUUCUAUCGGCCUCUGAUUGCCCCUUUUCUGUUUCCCGCUGUUGCAUUCACGGCGCUCCAAUAUGGCAUAAUCCAGGCAUGGUUCUCUGCUACCGUAGCGGCUGGAACCCAAAAUUUGAUCAAAGCACCUUACAGUUUCGAACCAAAUCAAAUUGGUCUAUUCAAUAUCGGAGGUUUCAUUGGUGUUGUCCUCGCUGGAGUCACCAUAGCCUUUUUGAGCGACUGGCUUAUUAUGGUCCAAGCUCGCCAAAACAAGGGUCUCUUCGAGCCAGAAAUGCGUCUGUGGCUGCUCUUCCCUGCCAUCCUAUGUAACUCUAUUGGCUCCUGGGUUUUUGGUAUUGGACUUGCUCAAGGUUGGCACUGGAUUAUCCUUGCCGUUGGCAAUGCAAUUUUCGGCUUUGGAUUUAUGAUCACUGGAGAUGUCGCUCUAACAUACCUGACAGACACUUAUCCACUGAUCAUCAAUGAUGCCCUAAUCUCCGUGGUCUUUAUCCGCAACGGCAUCGGAAUGAUUGUUAAGUUUGCAUUGACCAGCUGGCUCGAUGGGAUGGGCAUCGAGAACACAUUCAUCCUCAUCGGAGUUCUUUCUCUCGUUACUAUGAUCAUGCCGGCUCUACUCAUGACCUAUGGUAAGCGUGCUAGAAUACACUCUGCGCCCAAAUAUAGACAAUUUGCUGCCCAGCAGCAGUCUCAAAGACCA